AAAUGAAAAGUCUGCAUGGGAGGAAAUCAGCUAUUUGGUUCAUCAUGCCUAGUGGCAUAUAAAAAGACUCCUCCCCCAGUUCCGCCUCGGACCACCUCAAAGCCGUUUAUCGCUGUCACGGUGCAGAGCAGCACUGAAUCAGCCCAGGACACCUAUCUGGAUAGCCAGGACCACAAGAGUGAGGUCAACAGCCAGUCAGGACUGAGCAAUUCUUCAGACAGCUUAGACAGCACCAGAACACCCAGCGUGACCAGAGGCAGUGUUGUAACUCCAGCCACAGACACUCCAGAGUUACCCCAGAAAAAUGCAACUUUGAAAAGUGACAAAGGGACUCUGACUAGUGAAGAGCCUAAGGUGGAGAAUAUCCCCAAAAGAAAGCUGUCAUCUAUAGGAAUACAAGUUGACUGCCUUCAGCCAGUGGCAAAAGAGGAGCCGCCUCCGGCAGUCACCAAAUUCCAGUCCAUCGGGGUACAGGUAGAGGACGAGUGGCGAAACAGCCACUCUCGCAGCAUGUCCUCCAAACAGGACACCGAUUCUGACACGCAGGAACCAAAUAACUCUAGCUGUAAAUCCUCUGAGAGAAGCCUUGCUGAUUGCCCCCCAUGCCACAACUCUGUCAGUGUUGAUGCCAAUAACAGGCAACCAGCCAAGCUCUCCCAGAUUCAGAAAAACCUCUCCUAUGGAGAUAGUGACCCAGCCCUGGAGCCUUCCUCUCUCCCUCCACCUGAUCCUUGGCUUGAGACUUCUUCCAGCUCCCCAUCAGAACCCACUCCGCCAGGAGCCUGCAGGCGGGACGGGUACUGGUUUCUGAAACUGCUGCAAGCUGAAACAGAAAGAUUAGAAGGAUGGUGUCGGCAGAUGAACCAAGAGACCAAAGAGAACAAUCUCUCUGAAGAAGUCUUAGGAAAAGUCCUCAGUGCAGUGGGCAGCGCACAGUUGUUAAUGUCACAGAAGUUCCAGCAGUUCCGGGGUCUCUGUGAGCAAAAUUUGAACCCCAACGCCAAUCCCAGACCCACUGCCCAGGACCUAGCUGGAUUUUGGGACCUCUUGCAGUUGUCCAUUGAAGACAUCAGCAUGAAAUUUGAUGAGCUCUACCAUCUAAAAGCUAACAGCUGGCAACUGGAAGAGACACCAGAGAAGAAGGAAGAGAAGAAACCACCCCCUCCUGUGCCAAAGAAGCCAGCCAAGCCCAAAACUGCACUGAACCGGGACAAAGCUUCUGACUCUGUGGAUAAACAGCGCCAGGAGGCUCGCAAGCGUCUCAUGGCAGCAAAGCGAGCUGCCUCUGUCCGGCAGAACUCCGCCACAGAGAGUGCGGACAGCAUCGAGAUCUACGUCCCAGAGGCACAGACCCGCCUUUGAGCCAAGGGGGAGAGGAAAAAAAACACGUGGUCUUUAUAAGUCAUUAAAAAGGGGGGGGAAAGGUUCUCUCUAAACUUAGUAUGAUUUAUUCAGUCUAGAGACAAUGAGCCCACCUUAAAGGGCUCUACUUCAGCUUUUUUUUUCCUGUCAGCUUUAAGUAAUGAAGAGUUUAAAAAAAAAAAAA